GGUUUCCCAGCAUCCUGUAUACAAAAUGUCAGCGCCCACAACAAACCUCCCAUUUCCGUAUUUGUGUAUCUCAUAUUUCACGUUCUAAACAAUGUAACUCAGUCAAUUGUUCAGCUGCCGUGUGUUGGAGACUUGCGAGUUGACAAUGAAGAACCUCACGGAGGAGAGGGACUUUGUGUAUACAUUUUAUAGCAAGAACUUGAAGUCUACUGUGACUGUGCCAGUUACGAUUCCUCUGUCAACAUCUGUCAGUGAGUUUGUGGGCCGACUUGUCAACGCGCAUAACCUGCCUUGUUAUGUGGAGGACGAUCUGACAGCGGCCCUCACAGAGUUUGUUUCCAAGGAAACUCAUCAGCUGAGUGAUGCCAGAGCAGACGAAGCUAUCCAGAAGGUCCAGAUGGGGCAGGUGUCAUCCGCUGACCUUGUCAAGCGAUGGACAAAGGCUUUCACUCAGGAAGUGAAGGCGUACUCGACCCCGGUUGAGGUGACCAAUGACCAGGUGUUCUCUGAGGUGUACCACACGCUGAUCCACUCCCCCGCCCUGGAGACGCUGCUCAACCUGGAACACACAUAUGCCCUGGCGGUGGAGGACCUGACAGACCAGCGGGACAAGGACCUGCAGCAUCUCGACACCAUGCAGCAGGAAGAGAUGGAACAUGCACUAAAGAAUGUUGGUGCAUCGUAUGCAGACGAGGACAUCAACACUCUCGCACAAAGACAUUUCGAGAACACCCAGUUGAUCAACAGCAAGUGGAUGAGUGAGCUGAGUAACGUCCACGAGACACAGAAGCGCGAGUACCGGGAGUGGGUCAUGAAGGUGCACGAAGACUCCACCUCCAACAAUGGCGCUCCCGCCUACCAACAGAGAUUGAGGAACAUGUCAACGGCGCUGCCUGCAGCGGAGGAGGAGGAGAGGCAGGCGCCAUCUACCCGACUCGAGGAGUCCUUCACUAUCCAUCUCGGGGCACAGAUGAAAACCACCCAUAAUCUACGUCUGCUCUGCACGGAUGUCCUUGACCUUUGCAGGCACAGACCACACACAAUAGGCGGUGUAAUGAUCCCAGAGCCACAGCGGCUGCAGACAGCGAUGUCCCUUUACUCCGACUCACUAUGUGCCAUGAUCCUCCUGGUGGACAACAGACUCAACACCUUCACCGGGAUCAAGAGAGAUUUUGCUCGGGUGAGUGAACAGUCAACAGACUUCCAUUUCUCGGACAUGGAUCAUCAGAUGCUCCUCAUUGAACAGGAAGUCACAAAAUGCAACGACAUCCGUGUCAUGCGGAGGGUUGCUGAAGACGUAGACAAGAUCAGCAUUAAGAGUACAGGCAGCAGCUCCAGUGAUGGCCAGGACAAGACCCUUGGCAACAAGCUGCAGGUUGGUGACGUGUACAUCAGCAAGCACUCCAACCUGUCUGAAGUUCACACAGCAUUCCACCUCGUGUGUGACGAUGGCGUGCGAUCUACCGACAUCACAUCUCGGCAUCCGGUCAUCCUCAGCAUCAGGAACAUCAUCAAACUGUGUUUCCGCCACAACAUCCACACCCUCACCAUACCACUCCUUCUGGCGCAUGAGAUGUCUGAGGAGAUGACUAUACCCUGGUGCAUGAAGCGAGCUGAGCUGCUGUUUAAGUGUGUCAAGGGAUUUAUGAUUGAGAUGGCCACCUACAGCAGUCAGCAGUCCCGCACCAUCCAGUUCCUGGUCCCUCAGGGCCUGUCGGAGGAAAUGUUCACCAACAUCAGCAGCAUGCUGCCAAAUAUAUUCCGUCUGUCCAACCCACUCGUCGUCAGGUCAGGCCCACACAACCAUGCUACUUCCUAGUCCAAAACUAGUCCAAAACACCUCAAUCUUCAACUGUGAUGUUGUCACCUACACCAGCUACCAACUCGCUACCUUACCUCAGGGCUGCCUCAACCUUCCACACCAGUAAAACAGUUCUUAUUCAGUGUGGAGUAUCUCCUAAGGAAACCUUGUUUGUUCGAAUCAGUAAUGGGUAAUAAAAGAAUAAAAGAAAAGCUGAGUGCCAAAAGUCGCUUGAAGAUGAGAGCCCUUUCUAACCAUGAUGGCUGCAUUAAGAAGUGGAACAGUCGCUCUCAACCAUCACCUAGCUGAUUUUCUGUUAGUUGUGCAUAGAUUCUCAAGUUUGAUGCUGAGAGUGGUUUGGCUGUUCCAGGGUCGUGUACCAUUUCCUUAACCUGAUUUCCUUAACCUUAGUUUCCAGGACCUGAUGAGGAUGUUGUGGCUGUCACUCUUGGAUAUUGUGCAAUAUUCUUACCAGUCUCCUCGACCAAAAUGGCUUUUACAGUGAGACCAUAGUCUUUCUGAACGUAGUGCUAAUAUUUGAUGUUACCAUUGAUACUGUAACACGAUAUUGGUGUCAUCACAGGGUUUUCAACUGUCUUGUUGCUUGAAACUUUUGUAUAUUAGUCUGAUCUAAUCAUCUACUCAAUGGAUACAAUCAAGUACAAUAAUGGCUGAAAGAGCCGAAUGUUUAUCGAGUCGUAUUUGUUAUUGCUCAGUAAUUGCAAGUAAUGACAAUUUAUUGAGAAACUGGUUUUGUUACAUCUGUAACUGAUGAAUAUGAAGCUAAAUAUUUGUGAAUAUUGUUGGCAUUCAUGAUGAAGAAUAAACAAUGUUUUCAUUGUAAAAAGUGUUUAUUUGAAAAGAUAGCUGUGAUUUUGUGGCAUUUGAUUGCCUAACCAAGCAAAUGUUUAUCAAUGUAUUUAUUUCCGUAAAGCCAAAAUAAUAGAAUACGCCAUGCCUAGUGACUGCUGUUUUCUUAUUGGCCCACAAUAGAAUAGGAGGGACUUGUGGUGCAUUAUUGUGCAGAAUGAUGAAACGGAAAUCGUAUUUUAGUGUGAACCAUAAAUAGUCUGACAUUACUGUU